AGGAAGACUGCAUUCAACUUUUUGAUCAACUUCUCUUUCAUCAUCAUCGAUCACAGAUUACAGCAAAAUGGCAGCUCAAAGACAGGCAGUUGGGCUCGCACCAAAGAUCGUUGCAAUGGUAACAGGAACGACUGCAAUCGCAUAUGCAACAUCCAACCAAAGAUCAUUACGUCUAGAAGGUGAAACAAGUUCAAAAUUACCCAUUUACAGUGCACCACCUGAACCCGUAAUCUUGGCAGAAGUUCGUGGACCGCUAGAAGAUCAAGUUGCCAGUGCAAGAAGAACGAUCAUGGGCGCGACACACAACUUACGUGAAAGUGUUCAAAAUCAAGUUCGUCGUUGGAUCAGUGUGGAACAUGCAGUGGAAAAUCGUAUUUCCAGUUUGAUUCCAGAAGAUGAACCGAUCACGCCUGGGAUCUUGUAUGUUGGUGUCACGACGCUGUCUGCUUUCGUCUUUGGUCGCUACAGAGGAAUCACUUUACGUCUUCUAGCACCACCAGUCGCACUUGUUGGAUCGUUAAACUACUUCUUACCAAAAACCGCGCAUAACAUUGGACAGUACUAUGUCGAGUUGGAAAGUAAACAUCUUCCACCCUUCGUGCAACAACAACGUCACAACUUCCAAAACGCUCUCAAAAGCACUCAGCAUGCCGCUGAAGAACAAUACAGCAAAGCACGUCAAAACACCGGAAGUCUUGUUCAGCGUGGAUUGCAAAGUGUAGAACAAGGAACAGGUCUAAAGGUCGCAGGAUCACCCAGCACGCCAGCCCAAGCAGAGCCUCGUAGUCGAAUGGUGUAAGAAAGGAUAGUAGAGUUUGUAUUACAAAGUUAACAUAUUUCUGGAAUAUAUUCAGUUGAAUAGAGGCAAAAGGUGCGAUUUUAAGGUGCUUCUAAUUUGGCUUUUCUGAGUUUCAAGCGUUUUCGAUCCCUACUUUUCUUCUUGAUUUCUUCCCACUGCUUCGAUGCCAUUUUUAAGGCUUCCUUGGGGGUAUGGAUAUCGUUUCCUUCUUUUUUCAGCAAAGAUUUCAUCCUUUUCGUCAUCCAUGCUUCUCCAUAACCGAUUCCAGGU